AUGCUUAUUGCAUUAGCACUGUUACUUAUUAGCCUGGCAAAUGUGAAAAGUGAGCAGCAACAAAUUUUUAACAUUUCGGAGCUCGCCUCUGUUGGCCAGAUUAUUGGUUAUGUUAAUGGCACACCAUCGGACGGUAUUCAGCCGAAUUUUGACAUCGUUUAUCCGGAUAACAGUGGUGAAACCGAAAAAUAUUUGGCUGUGGAAGAAAUUAGUGGGGAAAUCCGUCUGCUACGUGAGCUGGAUUAUGAACGUCAAGCAUCUUAUCAGCUGAUUGCUGUGCCGGUGAAUGGUCGCGGUAGCGCAGUUCAUGUCAUCGUCAAUGUUAUCGAUGAAAAUGAUAAUGCGCCAACAUUCCCGGUUUCUUCACUGGAUGUGAGUUUCCUGACCACUCCUUGGUGA